UNGCUCGGAUGAACGCCACGAUUAGGUCGGGAGGACUGGAGGGCAAAAUCAUAACCAUUGAGAGCCUGUCUUACGACGCGACCAACGAUUGGAAAAUAGAUCCCGAGGUCUCCCUCUCAUCCAUGUCCUCAAAGAAUAUGUUUAUAUUAAGAAUAUUCUAUGAAAUUGGUUUGCCUUCCACUCAAGAAAUCGGAAUCCAAGAUUUUUUGCCACAAAUGAUAUCUCGGGGAACAUUCUUCAAGAGGCCGAGGAAUCCAAGAUUUUUUGCCACAAAUGAUAUCUCGGGGAACAUUCUUCAAGAGGCCGAGGUUUGA